AGUCAAAGGAAGAAGAGGUAUGAUUUCCCGGAGCCACCCCUCUCAUGGACCGGACGCGGCUAAUGGUGGGUCCCGAGGCCGCAGCUUCCGCCGGCGCGAGUGACUGCGCUCGCCGCUGUCCUUUGUCGUGGGGUCGUUGUUGGCUCCGAGGCCGCAGCAUUCAUGAUGAACUUACUUCAGGUUGUGCGUGACCACUGGGUACAUGUACUUGUCCCUAUGGGAUUUGUCUUUGGAUAUUAUCUAGACAGGAAGAAUGAUGAAAAGCUAACUGCCUUCCGGAACAAGAGUCUGUUAUAUAAAAGGGAAUUGAAACCUAAUGAAGAAGUCACCUGGAAAUAAUGGCUACAGCUGAAUUACAGAAUGUUCACAUUUUUUAAAUUAUAAGAGAAAUAAAAACACUCAUUAUUUAAUCUGAA